AUGGCUUGCCUGCCACGCCGCAAGAUUUCGAGGAGAGUAGGAGCUCGACUUGAAGUGAAAGUACCGCAUCAUCUGAAGAAUUGCAGCUGCGCAGGGCCGGAAAACUGCUAUGACGAAGUCGUCGCCUCCCACGAGACUCUCACAGAGAAGGUGGCGUCGAACAGAUUAAGGCAAUCGAGCCAGGAGAAGACUGUGGAUGACGACUGGCGGUCGAUGAGAACGUAUCGCGUAACGGGGAGGCCUGUAGGCUCAACAGUUGCAAAGAAAAACAGCGGCGACUAUGACAUCCAAGAAGAGAGGUCUCCUUUUACAAUUUUUAGUUAA